CGCUUCGCCCAGGCCGGAGCCGGAGCCGGAGCCGGGGCCGCGGACGGGGCCGGGGACGGCGGCGGGGACGAGGAGGAGGAGGAAAAGGAGGAGCCUGAGAGCCCGGUGAGGCCGCCCCGAAGGAGCCGCCCGGCCCGGCCCGGCCCGGCCUUAGUCCGAUAAAGCAGGAAAAGGAGACAGAAGCCUUCUGUGUAGCUUGCAGUCAUGCCAUUCCCAUUUGGAAAAUCUCAUAAGUCUCCAGCAGACAUAGUGAAGAAUCUGAAGGAAAGUAUGGCAGUUUUAGAGAAACAAGACAUCUCUGACAAGAAAGCAGAAAAGGCUACAGAAGAGGUUUCCAAAAACCUGGUUGCUAUGAAGGAAAUCUUGUAUGGCACCAAUGAAAAAGAGCCGCAGACAGAGGCUGUGGCCCAGCUUGCCCAGGAGCUGUACAACAGCGGCCUCCUCAGCACGCUGGUCGCCGACUUACAGCUCAUUGAUUUUGAGGGCAAAAAAGAUGUGGCCCAAAUUUUCAACAACAUCCUCAGAAGACAAAUUGGUACAAGAACUCCUACCGUUGAAUAUAUCUGCACUCAACAGAAUAUUUUGUUCAUGUUAUUAAAAGGGUACGAAUCUCCAGAAAUUGCUCUUAAUUGUGGAAUAAUGCUGAGAGAAUGCAUCAGACAUGAACCUCUUGCCAAAAUAAUUUUGUGGUCAGAGCAGUUUUAUGAUUUCUUCAGAUAUGUUGAAAUGUCCACAUUUGACAUAGCUUCAGAUGCAUUUGCCACGUUCAAGGAUUUACUUACAAGACACAAGUUGCUGAGUGCCGAAUUUUUGGAACAGCAUUAUGAUAGAUUCUUCAGUGAAUAUGAAAAGUUACUUCAUUCAGAAAAUUAUGUGACAAAAAGACAGUCGCUCAAGCUUCUUGGGGAACUUCUGUUAGACAGACACAACUUCACAAUUAUGACAAAAUAUAUCAGUAAACCUGAAAACCUCAAACUGAUGAUGAACCUUCUGCGAGACAAGAGCCGCAACAUACAGUUUGAGGCCUUUCAUGUCUUUAAGGUGUUUGUAGCCAAUCCUAAUAAAACACAGCCAAUCCUAGACAUCCUUCUCAAGAACCAAACGAAACUGAUUGAGUUUCUCAGCAAGUUUCAGAAUGACAGGACCGAGGAUGAACAAUUUAAUGAUGAGAAGACCUAUUUAGUUAAACAGAUCAGGGAUUUGAAGAGACCAGCACAGCAAGAAGCUUAAUCUCCAAUAAACAAACAUCUAAAAUAUUAAACCCCAAGUCAGCAUUUGCUGUUAGAUAUUCAGCAUCAGGCACUCGUAUCGAUUCAUGAGGAACAUUACUGCUAAUCUGCUGUUCAGUGAACGGUUUUUCAUUUUUCUUUUUUCAUUUUUUUUUUUUUAGUCCAAGUUGAAAAGCAUAGCUGCUGCUUUCUUGCACAUUAGAGCACCGUGUGGACCUUUUCUUGAUCUUUAUGUCAUUUCAGAAUUCAAAGACACUGCUUGUUUAGGGGGUUCUAGGAAUGUGAGGUUUUUAAAAACAAACAUAGAGGUUAUCUUUUGAUUCAGGAAAAAAGGUGUUAAAGGUAGUUAAGUGACAGGUUGCAUGCUUGCCAAUCUAAUUCAGUCCAAUACAUUUGCACUUAUUUGAGAUCCGAGCACAACAUGACCUGCGCACACUUGGCACCAUUGGUAUCUGAUUGUAUGCCUUGAUUUAAAAAACAAAACAAAACAAAAAAAACAAAAACAAAAAUAGAACAGAAAUGUUUAGUGCUUUAUCUGUAAUCAAAGGGGAAAUGUAUCAGAGAGGUACACUCUGGGGGAUAGUUGUCAUGCUAAUAGAGAUAUUGCAACUUAGCAGUUUUUCCAAAGUGUGAAUGAAACCUGAGAAAGUUCAUAAGGAAAAAUGUAUAUAUGCUUUUCAGUGCUUUCUAGGAAAAAAAAAUUUUUUUUGACAUUUGAUUUGAUUUUCUUGAGACUUGUCAACUUGGAGAUGUUCAAGGGUUUUUGUUCAUUUUACUUUUUUGAAGGUAUUUUAAGACAGUAGAAAUAGCAGUGACAUUUCAUUUCAACAGUGCUACAGAUUUCUUUUGUAUAUAACUACUAGACUACUCAUUUCUUUAAAAUGAUUUAAUUUGUACAGCAGAAGAAUGUUAUUGUAUUAGUCUGUAACUAUUACCUAAUAUUGAGUUUUUGCAAAAAUGAAUGCUCCUAUGUAAUUGAAUCUCUCCAAUCCCAUGGAAAUGCUGAUUUCACACUUUCCUGAGUACUUUCUGCAGCAUUAAAGGGAAGAACAACCAAAUUCUUUGUAUUCCCUUCUCUUACUGGGUGCCAUCCAUUAGAAUAGGCUCAAAUAGAAACUGGAGCCAGUAAACUGUAUUCUUCCUGAAUAAUAUUGGCCAGAUCUAUAAAUAAAUGGUAAAGAUGAUGCUUAAUUCCUGCUGAUUCUUUGGGUGAGGGGUGGGGACCCCAUAGAACACCCCCUUUUCUUUCUAGUGUCUCUGUGGUCCAGUACAAUAGUUGUGAGACUGAAGAAUGGAAGCCUCAGCUUCUUGUAGACCAUAAGUUCUUAGUCAUAGAUAUCCUGCAGGAAAGGCUCCUCCCUGCUCUCCACCCCAUUCCCUGUCCCUAGAUAUUGCAAAUUAUCAGUAUUUACAAAGAAAGAACUGAUGUUGCAUCACUUUUGUUACUGUGACCACAACAAAACAACUCCUGCUGGAAUGUAGCUGAGCAAAGUGAUCGGGAAUGGCGUCUGUUCUCUUGCCAAGAUUGCCAGGAUCACAACUCCACAACUUUUGGAUCAGGUUCUGAAAGUUCAAGUGCCGCCUGGCUGCAGCUGAUGAAGGACUUUAUAGAAUUAUCUAUCCUUUGCUAGCCUCUCUUCCUAAUUAAAUUAUUUCUCUGCUGGUAGAAUGGGACUCUCGAUUGAUGUUUCUGUUAAUUUUUAAAGUCUUCAUGAAAGGAAGCCAGAUAGAGCAUGACUCUAAAGAAAGUGGAGUCCAUUUGGUUCUGUUUAAUGUCAAUGAAGCUCACUAUUAUAAUGGGUUUGGUUAAAGCAAUCUGAAACUACUCUGUAAAAUAAUCCACAUUUCCUAUUGGAAAUAAGGGAAGUGACUUAACUUCUGGAAAAGGAAGUUUCCACUCUUUUUUAGAAAGGCACAAGUGGCCGCAAGAAUUGUAAGUAUUACCGUUGUUGCCCGGCACUGUAUGGUAGGUGGUUUAGGGCACAUGCCCUGAUCACAGCUGAGUGGAACAGAGCUGAUUGGCCAAGAUAUUUCUCAGAACAUCAAAGCUUCCACUUUGGCAGUGUGUCCUAGCACGAAAGUUUUCUGUCCAUAGAGCAGAAAAAGGAUGGGGGAAGUGUGGGAAAUGGAGCCUGGGCUUGGGACUAUCCUGUUGGGUUCUGGAGGCAGUUGCUGUGGUAUUUUUUCUUUAUUUGGGUUUGUUUGUUUGUUUUUUGAACAACAGAAUGUGAAAACAUUGAGCGUUAAGAAAAAGUUGUGUUUUAGAGUUCUGAUCAUUUGCCAUGUUUGUAGUAUGGAAAAGUUGUACUGAAAGUGGUUUCUUCUCAAGUGUUAGGAAGGCUCGCAUAGACUAAGGCAGUUAUUUCAUGGGACUUUUACCCUUUAAAAAAAAAAAAAAGUAGAGAUGUAUACAAUUGUAACUACUGCAUAUAAAAGCAUUUCAUUUUGCCCAAGGAAAAUGCAUUUAUAUUGGAAAAUCUGGCUGGCCCUGUAAUUUAAAUUGAAAUAAAAUUUUGAAGAAACAAAA